AAUCACAGCGGGACAGGCAUAUGGUCAGAGAGGGUGGAGAGGGGAGGACGGACAACGCGCCAGAGAGUGAGAGGAAGCUGGAGAAUCUGGCACUUUCAGAGCGACUCAAAUAUUUUUAUUCACCCGCAUCUGCUUCAAUUUAACCACCGGACAGUGAACCACAAACUGCACAGAUAGUUAAAUCGUUGGGUUCCGCCUGGGGUUUUAAAGCCGGACGUCGGUGCGCUCAGCAGCGGUGAGGCGACAGGCUGAAUGCCAUGGACCCGCUGCUGCCCACAGACCCGGAGAUGAUGGAGCGAGAGGCGGACAAGGAUGCGCGAAGGAAGAUCCAGUUCUCGGUCCCGUCCUCCGUACCUCUGCAGCUGGAUCCGCGACAGGUGGAGAUGAUUCGACGCCGGAGGCCAACACCUGCCACUCUCUUCAAACUGACAGACCCGCCAUCACCAGAGGAGGACAGCAGCUCGCAUCAGUGGGUUCUGGGUGAAAAUGGAUCCACGAAAGCCAAACUGGUUCACAUGGCCACCUACCAGCCACCCUCACUUAAAGCUGUCCAGAUGUUGGCUGAGGCACACCUGAAGUCUCUGGACAGAGAAGCGCCCUCUUCUGGAGAGGAAGAGGAGCAACACGAUGAUGAGGAAAAGCAGCAGGCAGCAUCGACUACAAAUUUAAGAGGAGAAAACGAACCUUCAAUGGAUCUUUGUGAGCUGCUGGGAAGUUCAGCCGCAAGAGCCGAGACCACAGAACUGGAGGAAGGAAAAGGGGAAUGACAAAAAGAAGACAACUGGCCAAGAGAGUUUGUAGAGAAUGCGCAUAUGCAGCACAUGCGUGGACAUUUUUUGCCUGUUCAUGGGUGUACAAAUGUGCUUUUUAGGUGUGCAGGUGUGUGCAUGCAUGCGACAACACAGCUGAAAGUGGAAAACGAAAGAGCAGAGGAAACAUACAAUCAUCGGGAAAGAAUGUAAAUGAGCAGAUAUGGGUUAAAGUUUAACCUGAGACAGCCAAGAAAGCUGGAGAAAUAUUCCACGUCAGCUGUAAACACAUUAAAACAGGCAGACCAUGUCAGAUUUUUAGCUGUACUUUACUUUCUUGGCUACAAAUUGUAAAUUAAAAUGUUAGACCACAUACACCAAAGUGCCACAUAAUUAAAUUUAACAUUUACAUCAACUACAAUAAUCACUACAUAUAUAUGUUUGGUCAUAGAUUAUCAGAAUUUCACUCAUUUCACUCUGGAGAUGCAAACUUUGUUGAAUAUUUGCACACAAGGUUGAUGGAGUAAAGAGGAUGAAUAGCAGAUAAUCACAUCUGCACAGCUGCCAUAUUAAUAAUUAUGGGGACUAAUCCAACUAAUCAUGAUAAUGUAGCCAUGUUUAUCUACUGGAACAUUAUGAACUCUCUUUUGUAAGAUGGUCAAUAUAGCAAAUGUGAUCAAGUUGAGAAAGCACUUUUAACUGGCAUUGUUAAUCUUACACAGUUAAAUAAAUAAUUGUGUAAGAGUUCACGCUUUUAAUUACCUGAAAAGCGUGAAUGGUCAUUUAUUAAUCUGUAUGUAAUAUAUUAACCUGUGUAUAUAACUAAUAGAUUAAUUCUUAAGAAACCUAUUUAAACAGGUUGUUGCUUUAAGUGGGAUUGGACAAUAUGCUUGUAAAAAUUACAUAAUAAAAGAUUUUUCUUUGUGUAACUAACAA